AUGUCGGUUGAUUAUCCCAAUAGUAUAACCUCACUAGAUAAAAAACCCCAAAUUGACUUGGAAAAUGUAAUUGAAGAUGCAUCCACGUCAUCAGAGCAUAGAAUCGCACAAACAGAGAAUCUUAAUAGAAGUUUAGGAGCUCGUACCAUCAAUUUGAUUUGUCUUGGUGGUGUCAUUGGAACAGGAAUUUUUUUAGGUAUGGGGAAGAUGUUACUGAAUGCGGGACCAUUAGGUUUGUUGUUGAAUUAUCUAAUAAUGGGUACAAUGAUUUAUUUUAUGAUGUUGAGUCUUGGGGAGAUGUCUGUCCAAUAUCCUAUAUCCGGGUCAUUUGCCGUCUAUACAAAAAGAUUUGGUUCUGAUUCUCUUGCAUUUGCAACUUUGUUUAAUUAUUGGCUUAAUGAUUGUGUUAGUGUUGCUGCAGAUUUGGUUGCAUUACAAUUAGUGAUGCAAUAUUGGACCGAUUUCCAUUGGUAUGUGAUAUCCAUUAUAUUUUGGGUAUUUUUAUUGUUGUUAAACGUCUUGCAUGUGAGAUUAUACGCCGAAGCAGAGUAUUCACUUGCCUUGUUGAAAGUGGUGACAAUUAUUAUAUUUUUCAUCGUUAGUAUCAUUUGUAAUGCUGGGAAAAACCCACAACACGAAUACAUUGGAUUUAAGUAUUGGAGUUAUGGUGAUGCCCCAUUUGUUGACGGAAUUCGCGGAUUCAGUAAAGUGUUUGCCUCAGCUGCUUAUAGUUUUGGUGGAUUGGAAUCUGUAUCUCUUACAGCUGGUGAAACUAAAAACCCAACCAGAGUGAUUCCCAAAACAGUGCAAAUGACAUUUUUCCGUGUUUUGAUAUUCUAUAUAUUGACUGCUUUUUUCAUUGGUAUGAACAUUCCUUAUGAUUAUCCGAAUUUGAUGACUAAGAAAGUUGCCACUUCUCCAUUUACUAUUGUUUUCCAAAUGGUAGGAGCCAAAGGUGCUGGAAGUUUUAUGAACGCAGUUAUUAUGACUUCAAUUGUUUCCGCUGGAAAUCAUGCCUUGUAUGCUGGGUCGAGAUUGGCUUAUAAUUUGAGUCUCCAUGGCUACAUCCCAAAAAUAUUUUUACCCAUGAAUCGUUUCAGAGUCCCAUAUGUAGCAGUAAUUAUAACUUGGUUGAUUGGAGGUUUAUGCUUUGCUUCAGCAUUUGUGGGGUCUGGUGAAUUAUGGUCUUGGUUACAAGCAAUUGUUGGGCUUUCCAAUUUAAUUUCUUGGUGGGUUAUCGGUGUUGUUUCAAUUCGUUUCAGACAAGGUUUGAAAAAACAAGGAAGAACACACGAAUUAUUAUUCAAAAACUGGUCAUAUCCUUAUGGUCCCUUAUAUGUUGUAAUUUUAGGCGGGUUCAUUAUUUUAGUUCAAGGAUGGACUACGUUUUCACCAUUUUCCGUAAAUGAUUUCUUCCAGUCAUAUUUGGAGUUGGGGGUUUUCCCCUUGUGUUUUGUUUUUUGGUGGUUGGUUAUUCGAAAGGGGAAAGAUAGAUUUGUCAAAUUAGAAGACAUGGACUUUGAUACUGACAGGUAUUACGAAACUCCUGAAGAAAUAGAGAAGAAUACAUACGCCAACUCAUUGAAAGGAUGGGCAAAGUUCAAGUACAAUUUUGCAGAUAACUUUUUGUAA